AUGGCAGCCUUCAAGUACCCUCAUCUACUCGAGGUGGCUCCCUUAGUAUCAUCAAACGCCAUAGCAGCCUUCAAGGACCCUCAUCUGGUCGCUCCAGACGACCUGCUGCUGCGCCUGGCUCGCCUUGCCCUCGCCUGCACCGCCAUGCCCACCGUGUCGCGCCCAACCAUGGCGCAAGCUGUGGGGCAGCUGCAGGCGAUGGAGAAGGAGGUGGCCGGGCGGGAGGUGGACCGGGCCGCGGUGCGCAUUGACAGGGAGAUAGAGGGCGCUGCUGGCGCUGUUGACUUUGAUGCAGAGCUUGCACGGGCAAUGCAUGUGGGUGGUGGUGGUGGUGGUACCGGUACCAGCAGCUUGUGA